CGUCGGGGCCGGGGGGCGGCGCUCCGGCCCGGCCCGGCCCCGCCCGAUGUCCAUGAGCGCGAACACCAUGAUCUUCAUGAUUCUGGGGGCGUCGAUCGUGAUGGCCAUCGCGUGCUUGAUGGACAUGAACGCGCUGCUGGACCGAUUCCACAACUACAUCCUCCCGCACCUGCGGGGCGAGGACCGCGUCUGCCACUGCAACUGUGGCCGGCACCACAUCCACUACGUGAUCCCGUACGACGGGGACCAGUCGGUGGUGGACGCCUCCGAGAACUACUUCGUGACAGACAACGUCACCAAGCAGGAGAUCGACCUCAUGCUGGGGCUGCUGCUCGGCUUCUGCAUCAGCUGGUUCCUGGUGUGGAUGGACGGCGUCCUGCACUGCGCCGUGCGCGCCUGGAGGACCGGCCGGCGCUACGACGGCUCGUGGACCUGGCUGCCCAAGCUCUGCAGCCUGCGGGAGCUGGGCCAGCGGCCGCACAGGGCCUUCGAGGAGGCGGCGGGGAACAUGGUGCACGUGAAGCAGAAACUCUACCACAACGGCCACCCGAGCCCGCGGCACCUCUGAGCCGCGCAGGACUCGCGGGGCCGCCGGCCACCGCGCCCACCUACACGAGACUGGACGGCCACCCCGGGCCAGGGCGCCCGCGGCCACCGGGCGUGUCCAGCGGAAGGUGCUGUCUCCUCUUCUUUUUAUAAAGGGGUCGGGUGGGGCCGAAGGGGCGGCCGCCGGUCUCGGGGACCGGGGUGCGGCGUGCCC